AUGAUAGAGAGCGAUAUCCCGUCCAUAAUGUCAGGAAUCAUUAGGAAUUCAGGGCAAAACCACCACCCCUCGCAGGAGUACAGACUCCUGGCUUCAGACUCGUCCCAGUUGAGUGAGGAUGAGCUCCCAGGGGAUUUGCAGUCCCUGUCCUGGCUGACAUCCGUGGAUGUGCCUCGGCUCCAGCAGAUGGCCAGUGGGAGAAUGGAUUUCAGCCUGGGGGCCCAGAAUGCCAUGCUCCAGCAGACAGGUCCCGUGGGGAGCACGAUGCUCUCGACACCCGGAGCAAUGAUCCAUGUCCAGACCAGCCUCCCACAGGGAAUCCUGGGCCUCAAUCCCAUUUCAACACACGGAGCCAAUAUGAGCCCCUAUGCCGUGGGUGGGCAGCUCUCCCCUGGUUUGCAAACACAGCAACAGCUCUUCCCCCCUCCUCCUCCUCCUCACUCCCAGCAGGUGUUUGCCCUGGCCCAGAACCCCCAGCAGUGUAACCCACCAGCAGUCUACAGCACAUCCUAUGGGACACAGCCACACUAUUCCCAGCCACGCCUGGCUCCCCACUCUGCCCAGGAACUGCAUCCAAAGCAUUAUCCCAAGCCCAUCUAUUCCUACAGCUGCUUGAUCGCCAUGGCGCUGAAGAACAGCAAGACGGGGAGUCUGCCCGUGAGCGAGAUCUACAGCUUCAUGAAGGAGCACUUCCCCUACUUCAAGACAGCCCCUGAUGGGUGGAAGAACUCGGUGCGCCACAACCUGUCCCUGAACAAGUGCUUUGAGAAGGUGGAGAACAAACUGAGCGGGACGUCCCGCAAGGGCUGCCUGUGGGCCCUCAACCCUGCCAAGAUCGACAAGAUGGAGGAGGAGAUGCAGAAGUGGAAGAGGAAGGAUUUGGCUGCUAUUCACAGGAGCAUGGCUAAUCCAGAGGAGCUGGACAAGUUGAUCACUGACAGACCAGAGAGCUGCAGACGGCCCAACAAGCAGGCAGAGCCCGAGGGUCCCCCCCUGGGUCGCAUCUCCGUGUCCCAGCUCCAGCCCCAGCCCAUCAUGACGCUGUCCCUGCAGUCCCUGCCCCUGCACCACCAGCUCCAGACCCAGGCUCGCCUCACCCCAAACUCACCAGCACCUGCACAAACGCCCCCUCUGCACACCCUGCCUGACAUGAGCCACAGCCCCCUGCCCCACCAUCCCAUGGGACGAGCCCCGGACUUCCCGAACGUGGUGGUGGACAUGAGCACGGAGGUGGAUGCUCUGGAUCCGAGCAUUAUGGAUUUCGCACUGCAAGGGAACAUUUGGGAGGACAUGAAGGACGACAGCUUCAGCCUGGACACCCUGGGUGCCUUCAGCAACUCCCCCCUGCAUCUCUCUGACUGCGAGCUGGGCACGCCCGGCCUCACGCCCGUGUCCAGCGGCAGCGACCGCUCCUUCUCCGACCUGCAGGUCACUGGCCUUUACACCACCUACACCACCCUGGACAAUGUGGCAGCUGCUCAGUACAUGAACCCCCAAGGCAACAAACCCAUCCCUCUGCUCUGA